AUGAGGAUGGAAACCUUAGAUUUACAGAAUUGCAGAGGAAUCAGAUGGCAAGUAAUAUUUUCCUUCUUAUUUUCAUGGCUUUGCCAUUCAAUAUCUGGUCAUAUUCAUUAUUCCAUUGAUGAAGAAAUGAGAAAAAACUCUGUUAUAGGAAAUAUUGCAAAAGACCUUGGAUUGGAUGUUAAGCAAUUUAAGUUUCACAGAUUUCGUAUUAUUUCACGUAUUUCAGAGAAAUAUUUUUCUGUAAAUUUAGAUAAUGGAAAUUUGUAUGUUAAAGACAGGAUAGAUAGAGAAACACUGUGUGGGGCAGAAGCUCCCUGCUUACUAACCUUUGAUGCAGUUGUGGAAAAUCCUUUAAAUGUUUCAAGAGUCAGCAUAGAAAUUCUGGACAUUAAUGACAAUACUCCAAGAUUUUUUAAUGAUAUUGCUACUUUAAAAAUUAUUGAAACAAUUUCAGUAGGAGCACGAUUUGUUUUACAAAAUGCAGAAGAUCCAGACAUUGGCAUUAAUUCUAUACAGACUUACAAGCUCAGUGAUAAUCAGCAUUUUACACUGAGUGAAAAAAACAGAACUAAUGGCAGUAAAUUUCCAGAACUUGUUUUAGAGAAACCUUUAGACCGAGAGACACAAAACAUUCAUGAAUUAAUUCUAACAGCAGUGGAUGGUGGGAAUCCCAUAAGAUCAGGCACUUCUUUAAUAAAGAUCAUUACUACUGAUGUAAAUGAUAAUUUUCCUACAUUUACGCAAGAGGAAUAUAAAGUAAGCAUACGAGAAAACAUUCCAAUAAAUUCUAGUGUUUUCUCUGUAAGUGCAACUGAUAAAGAUGAAGGAUCUAAUGCAGAGAUUGCAUAUUCCUUUACUAAAAGUACAGGAAAUGUGCACAAUGCAGAUACAUUUAUUAUCAACUCUACAACUGGAGAAAUAAAAACUAGUAAGAACUUGGAUUUUGAGAUCAUGAGAAAUUAUGAAAUGUCUGUGCAAGCAAAGGAUGGAGGUGACCUAGUUACCCAUUGCAAAGUAUUGAUUGAGAUUUUAGAUGAAAAUGACAAUGCGCCAGAAAUAACAAUUGCAUCAUUAUCUACACCUAUUCCUGAGGAUUCUGCUCCUGGUACAAUGAUAGCGCUGCUUGAAGUCCAUGACCAAGAUGCAGGAGAAAAUGGAUUAGUUGACUGUCAAAUAAUGGAAAGGGUUCCCUUUAAACUAAUGUUAUCAUCAGAUAAUUAUUAUAGAAUUGUGACAACAAGUGCUAUGGACAGAGAGAAAGUAUCACGUUAUAACAUCACAAUUACUGCUUCAGACAGAGGAUCAACUCCACUUUCCACUAAGAAAACCAUCAGAUUGGAUAUAUCGGAUGUUAAGGACAAUCCACCUUUAUUUACUCAAUCUACUUAUUUAGCCUAUGUUCCAGAAAAUAACCUGCCAGGAGCUUCAAUAUAUUGUAUACAUGCAUCAGAUCUUGAUUCUGGUGACAAUGCCAAAGUUAUUUAUACAAUGCCCAGCGCUAACAGAGAUGAUUUUGCAGUAUCCUCCUAUUUUUCUAUAAAUAUAGAGAGUGGGGUUCUCUAUGCUCAGCGAUCAUUUGACUAUGAGCAGCAUAAAGAAUUUGUUAUUCAAAUUACUGCUAAAGACAAAGGAUUCCCAUCUCUGAGUAGCAAUUCAACAUUAAUCAUCCAUAUCAUGGAUCAAAAUGACAAUGCACCUAAAAUUCUGUACCCAUCAACAGAAAGCGGUGGCUCAUCAUCAUUUGAGAUGGUGCCUUUAACGACUGAAGAAGAAGUUUUGAUUACUAAGGUAAUUGCAGUGGAUGCUGACUCUGGGCAUAAUGCUUGGCUAUCUUAUCAUUUCAUACAAAUAUCAGAACCAUUUCCUUUUACCAUUAGUCAGCGCACAGGAGAAAUAAGGACUAUAAGGCCCCUUAGCGAGAAGGAUGUUUGGAAACAUAAGGUUGUGGUUAUGGUUAAAGAUAAUGGAAGCCCUUCUCUCUCGACGACUGUUACAGUAAGCUUUAUUGCUGCGGAUAAUUUUCAACAAAUGCUCCCCAAACUCAAUAAUCCAUUUAGCAAUGAUGAGCCCAAAUCU